UCAUUACGUGGAGUCCUCCCCUGUGUCCCUUUGCAUAAAUAAAAUCUAGAGCUCUAAAUAACGACCAGACAAGAAGCAUUUUCAAAGCAAAACCUGAAAAAAAAAAAAAAAAAAAGGCGUGGCAAAGCCGGUAAAGAAGUGUUCAACAACCCAGGUGAAUUGCUGAGCAUUUGUCACAUGGUUCAAGAAAUUGGAGCUGUUCACAAGAACAUAUAAAAUUUCUACUUGGAUUGAAAUUGAUGAACAAAGAUAUAUGGCUGCUCUUAAUUCAAUAAAGAUACAUCCCCCUAUAAUUUCAAGAAGAAUGGAGAAUACUUCGAGACCUUUCAAUGGGUAUAAUAAAAUAGAAGCAAAAUGUCGUGUUGUGCCUACGUCUCAAGAAGCUCCUUCUACUCGCCGGCAUGUCCUAGUGUGUGGUGCUGCUUCCUUUUUAACUAUUUUGACGCUGAACUAUGGCCUAAUGCCAUCGAUGGUUAGGGCUGAAGAUGAGUCGAAUGGCAAAGAGGGAGAAGAAGAUGAUGAUGGUGCAGGAGUUAUAGGGGCAAUUAAAUCAUUGUUUGAUCCAAAUGAAAAGGCAAAAUCUGGGAAAGUAUUGCCAAAGGCUUACUUGCAAUCUGCAAGAGAGGUCGUGAAGACUCUCCGUGAGUCAUUGAAUGAAGACCCCAAGGACAAUGCUAAGUUUAGAAGGACUGCGGAUGCAGCAAAGGAGUCGAUUCGUGAGUACCUGGUUAACUGGAGGGGGAAACACACUGUUGUUCAAGAGGAAUCUUAUGUUGUGCUAGAGAAAGCAAUCAGAUCAUUAGCCAGCUUUUAUUCAAAGGCAGGGCCAUCUGCGGCACUGCCAGAAGAAAUCAAGUCUGAAAUAUUGAAUGAUUUGAACAAAGCUGAAGAGUCUUUGUAAAACAUUAAUUUUUCAGUUGCAGUAACAUUUUUACAGUACAAAUUUAAUCAGAGCGUAAUUUAAUGGGAAAUUCCAAACAGCUUCAUUUUUUAGGCAUC